AUGGAGAGGAGUAAGAGAAUCCUGGCGGAGAUGAACGACGCGACUCAACUCCGCGUCCGGAACGAGAAGAUCCGCGAGUUCGUGCAUUCUUCCGUCCGGGCCUGUCUCGGCGAGAGGAACGAGCGACUCUUCGUCGACGUUCAGCGACUCAUCCGAUUUAUGCCUGAGUUCAUCUGGAGGCUCGGUUGGUGCAGCCGCCAGGACCUGAAGCGCAUCACGGACACUGCGUCCGCGGAGUUCCAUCCAAACUCGAUUGACUUCCCUCCGAACUCGAUUGACUUCCCUCCCUCCCGCUCGCAUGGCCAUCCCAGCGAGGGCAAGAGGAAGAGAAUGCGGGAUCCUGAGUCCUCUCCUUCGGGCACCGAUACGGACACGGACGCACCCAGCAAACGCUGUUCUCGCGGAACCGUGCGAAACGCUUUCACGAACGGUUCGCUGGGCUGCACGGAAUUGCGCGCGUGGAGCCUUGGAAGCCUCUCCGAUCCCCAUCCGGUCCUCUCUUCCACUUCGGCAGGCCAGAAAGAGGCAGAGGGCAGGACGGAGGCCUGGGACGUACAAGGACCGUCGGAGGCCUGGGACGUGCAAGGAUCGUCGGAGGAUCCUGGCCUUUCCCCUCCUGCCUCGGCUGCCAGCGACGAGUCUCCCGCGCCGACGGCCAACGACUACGUCUAG